UGGUUGUUGUGCUUUAUCAUCUGCUGUUGCAAUUCCAAGUCGGUCUCUAAGGGCGAAAGGACGCCGAAUUUCGAAAGCAUUUAUUCUGACUGGUGGACGCGGGUUCGGAGCCCGGCGUGAGCAUCACACAGAGAGAAAUCGAACCUGACAAUAAUAUUAUUACGAUGAAUAUUACGGUGGCGAGUCUCUCGGACCAAGUGUUCCCGCUGAACGUCAGCGAGGACCUCGAACUUGAGAACCUGAAGGCCUUUUGCGAAGUCGAGUCCGGCGUCCCUGCACACGAAAUUCAGCUUUCGUUCAACGGAAUGCCACUGACGGACAAUAAGAAGACGCUGAAGGAAUACGGCAUCAAGGAGGGCGACAUGCUCAUCUUGCAGCAGAUUUCCGAACGCACUCCAUCCCAAAGACCCUCAACAGGUCGUGCCCCAGCUAGUGGUGGAGCUGCGCCAGCUGGAGGACUUUCCAUGCCCAUGUUUGACUUCAGCAACAUCCAAAUCCCGAGCAACGUCGCCUCAACAUCAAGACAGCCCUCAGGGGCUGCAGGUCAGAUGGGUCUCUCUUCCGACGACCCCGCCGUGAUCAGGGAAAUGCUGCUUGCUGACCCGAGUGCCUUGUCCAUGCUCAAGCAGAACAACCCCAGACUCGCAGAUGCGCUCACCUCGGGAAGUCUCGAGAAAUUUGCCCAAGUUCUGAAGGAGCAGCAAGAAGCCAAGGCUGAGCGAGAACGACUGCGCCUCAGGAUGCUGAAUGCAGACCCGUUCGAUGCUGAAGCUCAAAGACUGAUUGCUGACGAAAUCAGGCAGAAGAACAUCGAGGCCAACAUGGAGGCAGCCAUGGAGUACAAUCCGGAGACUUUCGGCACAGUGGUCAUGCUUUACAUCAACUGCUUUGUCAAUGGCCACCCUGUCAAAGCAUUCAUCGACUCAGGCGCUCAAACUACAAUCAUGUCUGCGGAGUGUGCUGAAAGAUGCAACAUCAUGCGCUUGGUAGAUCAUCGCUGGGCAGGCUAUGCAAAGGGUGUUGGUAUUCAACGAAUUAUUGGUCGGGUCCACAUGGUUCAGAUUCAGAUCGAGAAGGACUUUUUGACUUCCUCAUUCUCCAUCCUUGAGCAGCAGAAGAUGGACAUGCUCCUGGGCUUGGACAUGUUGAAACGGCACCAGUGCACAAUCGACCUAAAGAGAAACAUUUUGCACAUCGGCACCACUGGCACGGAGACCCCGUUCUUGGCCGAAGGUGACCUGCCCGAAUGCGCCCGUCUGAGCGGCUCUGACACCAUGGACGAACAAAAGGUCCUGGAGGAAAGUCUGAGGCAAGCCGAGCACCAGCAGAUGGCCGAGGCUAUGGAGCGAAGCCAACAGAGCUCCUCCGCUGCUGGGCCGAGUGGCCGCCUUUCAGAUCCGGCCACCACAAUCAUGCCUGGAGAUGCGUUCACUGAAGCUACAGUCAAAGAAAUUAUGGCCCUGGGCUUCAACCGGGAGCAAGUCAUAUCCGAGCUGCGCCGGUUCAAGGGAGACAAGACCCAGGCCACAGCCGCCCUGUUUGCCAAGAGUCUGAAGUUUUGAUCAGUGAUAUUGAGUCAUUUCUCAAACUGGUUUCUGCGUACGGGCUUACUAACUCUUUGAUCCUUAUUGGUGUGUGGAGAACAGCUGUUUUUCAAUAUAACAGACGAGGAACUUCAAAUAAAUCGCCCUGCUAUGGCCAUUGCUAAGGUUAACAAAUAAAACAUAAUUGACUGUUUUUAUUUUGUAUGUUUUGGGAUUGCAAUUAAAAUUAUUUAAGUCUA